AUGAAAUUGGAAUUCUGCUUAAAUCAAGAUCUGGUCAGUGAAUUAGAAUCGUUUCCACCUUUGUCUCCUACUGCCAGAACUACAAGUUCCCGUUUAAGGAAUGUCGAUUUCGAGACUUCCAAGAUGCUCAAAAUAAGUCUUUUAAAUUAUGAUAAUAAAAAUCGGGCAGAGCGAUUGGAAGUUUUGUGCUGGAUGUUCUCAGAAUAA